UUCCGGUUCCUGUGUUUUGGCUCGCUGUAUUGGCGCGAGACUUGCCCGAGUUGCUUGAAGACCUCGGAGACGGUUGGCAGGUUCUGUGUAAACCUGUGCAAGAUGAACUGUGAAAUUUUGGCAACGUGCAGUGCUCUUGGUUAUCUGGAGGGAGACACCUAUCACAAGGAGGCUGAUUGCUUGGAGAGUGUGAAAGACUUGAUCCGGUAUUUACGUCAUGAAGACGACACCCGUGAUGUCCGCCAGCAACUGGGGGAUAGCCAGAUUAUCCAGAAUGACCUUCUGCCUAUAAUUGUUCAAUACAGACAAGACAAGGCCUUGUUUGAUGCCUGUGUCAGGCUCAUGGUUAAUCUUACUCAGCCUGCGAUGCUGUGUUUUGGUAAAGUACCAGAUGACCCAGUGUUUAGGCAUCACUUUAUGCAAGUCAAUUCUCAUCUACAAGCCUACAAAGAGGCAUUCGCCAGCGAGAGAGUGUUUGGCAUUUUAAGUGAGACCUUAUACAAUCUUCUACAGCUUGACUGGGAGGAGAGACAAGAGGAGGAUAAUCUUCUGAUAGAGAGGAUUUUGCUGCUGGUCAGAAACGUGCUUCAUGUGCCUGCAGACCCCUGUGAAGAGAUGAAGGUGGAUGACGAUGCCAGUUUUCAUGACAGAGUGCUGUGGGCCAUUCACAUGAGUGGUUUCGAUGAUCUGGUCAAGUUCCUCGCAUCAGCCCAGAGUGAGCAACAGUGGAGUAUGCACGUGUUGGAAAUAAUCUCCCUCAUGUUCAGAGACCAGACACCAGAAGGGUUGGUGAGCGCUGGCCAUGCUCGCUCAGCACAGGAGAAGCAGAGGGACUCCCAGGAGCUGGAAGCACUUCGGCAGAAGGAGCAUGCAGAGAAACGCUCACGGAUUUUACAAAGAGGAAACAGACAUUCUCGAUUUGGUGGGUCUUAUGUAAUUCAAGGCCUCAAGGCGCUUGGAGAUAAAGAUGUGGUCUAUCACAGAAAUCUUCACAACUUCAAAAAUUACACUCAUGACCUCGGCAAAUCAGUCAGACGUGUUCCCAAGAGAAAUCGAAAGAUCCAGGAAUGUGAGGGCAAGCGACGCUCGGCUUUAAACGUUCGACUCUUCCUACGAGAAUUUUGUGUGGACUUCUUGGAGAAUUGCUACAACCGACUCAUGUAUCUAGUUAAGGAAAGUCUGAUACGAGAGCAGACUCAGCAACACGAUGAGACCUAUUAUCUCUGGGCACUCAGCUUUUUCAUGGCUUUCAACCGUGGCAAUGGUUUCCGUGCCGACUUAGUUUCAGAGACCAUGUCUAUCCGAACGUUUCAUUUUAUCGAACGCAACAUCACCAACUACUAUGAGAUGCUGCUGACAGACCGCAAAGAGGCCACGUCCUGGUCCCGAAGAAUGCACUUGGCUUUAAAGGCAUAUCAAGAACUGCUGCUCACUGUGAAUGAAAUGGACCACUCACAAGAUGAAGACAUCCGUCAGAGCUCCAGUGUUAUUAAAAGUAACAUAUUCUACAUGAUGGAGUAUAGAGAGAUUUUCCUGACUUUGUUGAGAAAAUAUGAUGAAACCAAGCAACCUCAUUCCUACCUGAAAGACCUGGUGGAGUCAACGCAUCUCUUCUUGCGCAUGUUGGAACGCUUCUCCAAAGGCCGCAAAAACUUAAUUGUGCAGAGGAAGAGGGUGAAGCGGAGGAAGUCUCGCAGCAAAAAAAAGCAGCCAGUUGCAGAAACUAGUCCAGAGGCCCUGGAGGAGAGCUGGAAGAUUGUGGAGGAGGAGCUCAGGAAGGCCGGAUUUCAGGCAAGUUUGUCAGCGUCUAUAACCGAAAGCAUCGUGCCUUUUGACGCCACAUCUGAGACUCCACUGGAGGAGCAGCGUGUGGAGGCGAUGGUGCGAGUGCAGGACGCUCUGCUCUCUCGAAUGGGUCCCGAAGCUCUUGGGCUGCUGCGUGCUGCCAGGGAGGUGUGGCCAGAGGGGGAUGUGUUCGGUUCAGCUGAUGUAGAACCUGAGGAGGAGCUGGAACUCCUAAAGCAGAUCCUUCAUGCCAACCUCCCAAGGCCAUCUCCUGAGACUUUGGUGGAAGAGGAUGAUGAUGAUGCAGCAGAGUUGGAGGAAGAAGAGAUGGAGACCGUGCAUGUUUCUGAGUCGGAAUUCAACUUUCUUGACUUCAUUAAGAAGUUUGCCAGCCCCAGCAUCGUGCGUCCAUACCUUUUCCUGUUGAAAUCCUAUUCAAAGAACACACCCCACACCAACCACUGCAUCACUCGAAUGUUACACCGCAUAGCUGUUGACCUGAAAAUGGACGCCUUGCUUUUCCAGCUUUCAGUCUUCCACCUUUUCAACAAAAUCCUGAGCGAUCCUGCAUCAGCCGCCUACAAGGAACUAGUGACUUUUGCCAAGUAUGUGGUGAACCGUUUCUUUUCAGUGGCAGCACAGAACAACAAGGCAUACGUUGAGCUGCUUUUCUGGAAAAAUGUGGGGGCCGUGCGCGAGAUGACAGAAGGGUACACCAAAGAUGGAGAGGGAAAGAAACCAACUUGGACAGAGGAGGAGGAAGAGGAGCUGCGGAAACUCUACAUGGAGCAUUGCGACUCAGAAGUACCAGACAUAGUGGAGACUCUUCUGCCGUUACUAAGCAACAGCAACCGCACUCGGCGACAAGUAGUCACACAGCUGGUCCACAUGGGUCUGGUGGACAAUGCAAAAGUACUGAAGAAGCAGACGAAAGGCACCAGAAUUGUUCUCUGGACUGAGGAGCAAGAGGAAGAACUACAGAUCCUGUUUGAAGAAUACAAAGAUUCUGACGAUGUGCUGGGUAACAUCAUGAAGAAAGUUACAGCCAAGCGUUCCCGUGCACGUGUGGUGGACAAGCUGCUCAGUAUGGGCCUGGUGUCCGAGAGACGAGAACUUUAUAAGAAGAGAAGCCGCAGUGCCCAUGGGAAGAGCUCUGGUCGUGGAAUGACUGAAGACGAGUUUCUUUCUGAACUGACCCAAGAUCUAAGGGACGAUUCUGCGGACAUAGAUGAUGAUGAUGAUGAUGAAGACGAGAAAGAAGAGGAAUCUGAAGAGAGUGAGGGAGAUGAGGUUCAGGAGAGUGAAAGAUCACAAAACAGAGGAAGAAAUGGCAAAAGCGUUUCCCUGACAGCAGAGAGAAGAGCUGAUAUAGGCUCUUUGGUCUAUGCUCUGCAACAGCAAGGCAUGUCUGGACCUCUGUUGUGGCUGCAGAAUUCUCUAAACAGAACUGCAAAUGAUCGUAGUGAAGACGUUGUGUCCCAGCCUGUUCCACUUGUCCCCCUGGCUGAGGAAAAUGAGGAUGCAAUGGAAAACAAGAGCUUUCAGAGGCUGCUGCGCAAAUUGGGACUUCGACCACCUGCAGAUGAACAAGAGACCUUCUGGAGGAUCCCAGCGAAGAUGGGCAAGUCUCAGCUCUGGAGUGCAGCUGCGGCUUUGACACCAACAAAGGAUCAACCUGAAAAGGGUGAGGAGCAAGAUGGUGCCAAGAACCAGACAGAAGAGCAGAGGCAGGAGGAGGAGGAGGAGGGCUCAGGUGAACAGAGGACUCAGGCUCUGAGAGCUCUACUGCUGGCACGCAAGAGGAAACACCACACCGUCACGAACACAGAUGAUGACUCCAGCCCUGUUGAGGACAUGAAUACAAAUGGUGAUGCGGAUUCAGACAGGGAGGAGAUUUCUGCCCCUGUUAAACGGAGGCGGAAGAUGGUCUUAAUUGAUGAAGAGGAAGAAGAGGAUUAG